AUGGCGACUCUGUCAGGCGGGCUGCGGAAGGCUCUGCAGACCCGCCUGCUCGACGGCAUGAUUCGCAAGGUCGAGUCCGGCUCCAACAAAUGGAAAGUCCUCGUCGUCGAUCGCGAAUCCCUCCGCAUUCUCUCCGCCGCCCUUCAAGUCAACGACCUUGUCAACGAAGGCAUCAGCAUUGUCGAGAUGCUCGACAUGCGACGCGAACCCCUCCCACGCAUCCCAGCUCUCUACUUUAUCACUCCGUCCGCCGAAUCCGUCCAGCAACUCGCGUCCGAGCAGGCAACCCAAUACAGGGAGUAUCACAUUUUCUUCACCUCCCGCCUUCCCGAUUUUCAGAUGGACGUCUUGAGAGGGAACGUGGCCUUGUUGCGCCGUGUCCGCACGCUCGUCGAGCUAGACGUCGCCUUUCUUGCCCUUGAAUCACGCCUGUUUAGCUUGGGACGCCCGGCGAGUUCGCUUCCACAAAUUUACGCGGACGACGGGAAUGCGCGCGAGGAAAUGGCUACGAUAUCAGAACGCGUAACGGAGGCAUGUGGAAUUCUCGCCCCGUCUAUAGACUGGACUGUCCGUUGUGAUGCUACGUCUGGCACAUCAAAGACAGUAGCCAGUUUGGUCAAGGAGCAGCUCGAAACAGCACGAAUUGAACGUCGCGCCAACACAACCGGCGAUAAAGAGAAAGUCGUAGAGGGGGGAAGUGGGGACGCCGACGAAGUUGGGUCUCCUGUGAAAGCCACUUUGCUUAUUGUCGACCGUAUUGCAGAUCUCACCACUCCACUUGUGCAUGAAUAUUCGUAUCAAGCAAUGGCGCAUGACCUCCUCAAGCUCAACUACCAGAAACCUGGUGGUGCACAUGUUGAGGUCCCGGAUGAAAAGAAUACUGAGAAGAAGAACUGGCUUCAGAUCGAUGACGAGGAAAACGACCCAGUAUGGACUGACAUUCGCUCUAUGUUUAUUGAGGAAGCCCUUGCAAAGGCCCAAGCGUCCUUGAAGGAAUUUCUUGAAACAGAUGCUGCCUUCAAGAUUCGGGGGAAGGGCACAAGUGAUGUCGACAUCAAGGACAUGAGCGCCGCCGUGCGAGCACUACCCAAUUCACAGCUGCGCGCCGACAAGCAUGCAAUGCACAUUCGGGCUGCUAGAGAGUGCCUGGAACUUGGCUCCACGCAAGGGCUGACGGAUCUUGCUCUUGUAGAACAAGAUUUGCUUCAAGGACGGACUUCAGAAGGAACAAGAAUACGGCCAGAGGCAAUGCUAGAAUGCAUCACUGCAGUUCUUGAUGACAGCAGGGUGCCUCCAUGUCAUCGAAUCCGUCUUGUGAUGAUAGCCUUAGUCAUCGCCGAGGGACUGCCAGGGUUGGGAGGUGAAAACUCCGCUCUUGCACAGUCUGCAACCUACAGGUCUAAACUUCUCCGCAGCAAAAUCAGAGAUAUCGUGAAUGAAGAUGGCAGCGGGGGGGCACCUUUGAUGGGGCUGGAGAAACUCUUGACGAUCGCCAGCUCAGGACUUAGCAGUUACAAGGCCACACAAAAUACGCAUGUGGGCGGCGACAAUGCCGACACGGUCGCAGCAAAACUGAAGCAAAAAUAUGAGCAUCGCCGGCAAGCCAAACAAGUGAAGAAAGACAACGCCAUACGAAGGAGGCGACACGGUCUUGAAGAGCAAGACGAACUGGAAUACGACGUCGCACGCUAUCACCCACCCCUGCGCAGUGUUAUGAUGGACCUCGUUGAUGACGAACUCGACACAAGCGACUUCCCAGAGAUUGGGUCUGUGUCCGUAGAUUCCAUCAUUGCUUCACUUGGCGAGUCGUCCGUGAGCGAUCAAAACGAUAGCGAGAGAUCUAGUCAUAUGACUGGAAAGGCAGCAUUACGGUAUGGUGGGGCAGCUGUCCGCUCUCAUUCUGCUUCAGUCGCUUCAGCCAUGAAGGCUUUCGGUCGAGGAGAAUCUAAACAAUCAACCGCAUCUGAUGAUGACAAAUUUCGGCUGGCUGAAACUGGCCAUUUGUAUAUAAUCUUUGUUGUUGGUGGCGUUUCUUAUUCUGAGGUCCGUGCGAUGUACGAGGUGUGCGCAAAGAGGGAAGCUAAUAUAGUAAUUGGUGGGUCAAGUGUUUUGACUCCAAACGCCUUUGUAGAGGCAGUGGGAGCACUGGCCGACCCAGUUCAACGCAUUCGCGUGAUGCUUCCCCCUCUCCCUGUCGAGCUAGCAAUGUCAAGGGCUAUGCAAGCGAAAGCACUGGAAGCAGGAAGAGCAACAUCGGCGAGCGGUAUGGGCUCUCGGAAGAGUGAAGCCAAUGUAGAUGAUCCGUCAGAGGUCAGCAUCAACUCGAACACGGAUGAGAGCAAGGGUCGGGAUGAUCCACAAGUUGAAGUAGUUGUUGGAUACAAAAAAUCUAGAGGCAUGCGUUUAUUCGGACGAAAGAAAAAGUAGACAUUACAUUAGACGGAUUCGCUGAUUGUGAGGGAAAGAUAAGUCCAACGACAGCUAGCUACGAACGGAAGCAAGAAUUAACAUGCCAAUUUUGCCUUGGG